AUGAGUGAUCGAGCGUUGUGGUCCGAAGUGUAUGCAAAUACGCACGCUAAUCUUGAGGAUUUACUGAAGAUAUUAAAAACUAAGGAAGCAAUAGUUCAUCAAACUCAGCCUGCACGCAUGGAUCAAGUAAAGAAUAAUUCAGGGGGUUACGUGUUCCAAAUAUCGGAUGAAGCAUUCGUGAGACGUUUCUUAAUAUUGGGGACAGCAGGUGGAACAUAUUAUGCUUCUGAAACAGAGCUGACACUUCAAUCUACGAAAAAUUUGUGCGAAAUAAUAGAAAAAGGAAAUGGUAUUAUUUUAUUACGUGAAAUAAUUAAAAUUUCACUCUCUGGUCGUGCUCCCAAGCAGAAUCCAGCUCUUUUUGCUUUGGCACUUUGCGCACGUUAUCAGGUAUGUGAUUGGACGAGAACUCAAUUAGAUGAAGUCAAUCGAACAUAUCGGAAAAGUUUACAACAACUUGCAUUGCUUGCUGUUCCAAAAGUAUGUCGAAUUUCUACUCAUCUUUUUAUGUUUAUUAAAUAUUGUAUGAAAAUAUCUGGUGAAACAGGAUUAACAAAAAAUAGUAAAGGCUGGGGACGAGCUUUGCGAGCAACUGUUUCUAAUUGGUACUUAAGCCAAGAUCCAGAGCAUCUGGUUAUGCAGGUCACGAAAUAUCGCAAUCGUGAAGGAUACACUCAUCGAGAUCUCUUUCGUCUUAGUCAUAUUCAUCCACGUUUAACACUAUCCAGCAGUCAUUUAUACUGGAAAUUACAUACAGAAUAUGAUGCUAUAUUUAGAUUUGUGAUUGAACAUUCUGCGAAAUCACGAAAAUGCAAGGUGGAGGUUUUGAAACAGUCAAUGAAAGAGGUCAAAUUAGACGAUAAUGAAGCAAUGGAUACGAGUGAGCAGGGACCCGAUGAAAAUAAAAUAGUAAAACGAACGUUAGCCAAAAAAAAAAGAGCAGUUUUAAAGGAACAAAAGAAAAAUAGUGAAGCUCCGACCAUAGAAACAUCAAAGGUUUUACAAUUCUUAGAUGGUUUCAAGUGUCUGCAACAGUUAUCUGUAGAUGAAGUUGAUAAAGCAGUUGCAUUAAUCAUGAAGCAUGGUUUUGUUCGGGAGCAUAUUCCGGUUGGUUUACUAAACAGUAAAGAUAUAUGGAGAGCUCUUCUCACGAAUAUGCCGAUGACGGCUAUGAUAAGAAAUUUAAGCAAAAUGACCGCCAUUGGUGUACUCGGAUCAGGACAGGAGCAACGGGAUUGGAAUCUCAUAGUUGUGAAUAAACUAUUGGACAAGGAAGCUUUGAAGUCAGCUCGCAUUCAUCCAGUAAAUUUGCUUCUAGCCUAUGCUACUUAUAAGAAUGGGAAAGGGCAUCGCGGAAAAUUGAGAUGGGAACCUAGUAAAAUGGUAGUAGAUGCUCUCGAGCAAGCAUUUUACAAAUCAUUUCAGUAUGUCACACCGACUAAUAAACGAUAUUGCUUGGCUCUCGAUGUUUCUGGAAGUAUGGCUUCCUAUGUAUCUGGUGCUCCUCUGAGCUGUAGUAUGGCUGCUGCAGCUUUUUCAAUGACGUUUGUUCGUACUGAAUCACAUGUGACAGCGGUGGCAUUCUCAGAUGUACUCAUACCUGUGGCAUUUCAUCGUGAAAUGGAUUUAGAAGCAGUUCUUCAGUUAACUGACGAAAUCACUAUGGGCUCUACAGAUUGCUCGUUACCAAUGGUUUGGGCUUUGCAAAAGAAUCUUCCAUUUGAUGUUUUCAUCGUUUUCACAGAUAAUGAAACAUAUUUUGGCAAUAUUCAUCCUUUCGUAGCGUUGCAGAAGUAUCGUACAGCAAUGAAUAUACCAGACUCAAAGCUUAUUGUAAUGGCUAUGACGGGAACCAAAUUCAGUAUAGCUGAUCCAAAUGAUUUGAAUAUGCUGGAUAUCAGUGGUCUGGAUUCCUCUGUUCCAGAACUAGUCAGUGAAUUUGUUUCUGGUAAUCUCUGUUGA